AUCACCGUUGUGAGUUAUCGUACUUCCGAGGUAAGUGAAAUUGCCAACGGUUUCCAAUAUUGUAUCGUCAACGCUGAUGUUCAGCUGCGUUUGGUCAAAGCCGACCUUCAUGACUUUGGACUUGCAGGCGCUGAUACCAAGAAGUGCUAUGUCAUCAGCGAAAUCCAAAUCCGUGAGUCUGCUUCGAUCAUGCCAACUGAUGCCUGCCCUUACUUUCUUCAUCGUUUCCCUCAUGACGAAAUCCAGACAGACGUUGAACAGGAUCGGAGACAGAAUGCAUCCUUGCCGCACUCCUGUAUCAAUCUGGAAGAACGGCGUGUAUCCCGUAUCCGUCCUCACGCAGCAAGACGAGUUGAGAUACAAAUUCUUGAAAAUGCUGAUGAAUGAUUGCGGUACGCCGUAUGUUUUCAGGAUAGCCCAUAGCGACUCGCGGUGA